AACAGAUCUCAUGUCGGACGCGGAAGUUGAUUUUCCAAUGACGUUCCUCCUGGGCGUCUACGUGUAAUAAAAAAAGAUAUAUAAAACACUUUUUUGACAACAGUCGGAGUGUUUCUGGACUACCGGAGGACCUAAAUAAACACAAAAUGGCGUCUUCAGCAGACAUUCUAGCCAAGGCUAACACCUCCUUCUGCUUGGAUCUGCUGAGAAGAUUGAGCGACAAUGACAAGAAAGCAAAUGUCUUCUUCUCCCCUUUCAGCAUCUCUUCCGCCCUCGCCAUGGUGAUGCUGGGGGCUGCUGGCAACACAGCCUCACAGAUGGAAGAGUGUCUGAAAACUGAAGGCCAUGAUGAAAUCCAUGAAAGCUUUGCCAAAGUGCUGCUGGAGCUGAACAAUCCAAAAUCACUUUAUGCACUCAGUGUUGCCAACAGGCUGUAUGGGGAGAAGUCUUACACGUUUGUUGAGGAUUUUCUAGCACAAACUAAAACACACUACAGAGCAGAGCUGGAGUCUGUGGACUUUAUAAGUGCACAUGAGGCAGCAAGAGUCAACAUCAACAAAUGGGUAGAGAAUGAGACACAAGGUAAGAUUACAGACAUACUGAUCCCAGGUGUGUUGAACAACAUGACCAGGCUGGUGCUGGUCAAUGCCAUCUACUUUAAAGGCGACUGGAUCCAGAAGUUUGAGAAGAGUUCAACACGUGACGCUCAAUUUAGGAUUAACAAGAAUGCAACCAAACCAGUGAAGAUGAUGCAUCAACAAUCCCAAUUUCCUUUGACUUACAUAUCUGAAGCCAGCUGCCAGAUCUUGGAGCUGCCUUACAAAGGGAAGGAUCUCAGCAUGCUCAUCUUUCUCCCCAUGCGUAUUGAGGGUGACUCAACUGGUCUGGAAAAGAUAGAGACGCAACUGACCUAUGAGAACUUCCAGGAGUGGACUCGUCCAGAUAUGAUGGAUGUAGUUGCGGUCAAGGUGGGCCUGCCUCGGUUUAAGAUGGAAGAGAUGUACAACAUGGAGAAUGUCUUGGUCAGCAUGGGGAUGUCAGAUGCCUUCAACAUGUCAAAAAGUGAUUUUUCUGGCAUGUCUCCUGCCAAGGACCUGGUCUUGUCAAAGGUGAUCCACAAGGCCUUUGUGGAGGUGAAUGAGGAAGGAACCGAGGCUGCUGCCGCCUGCGCCGUCGAAAGUUUCAUGGCGUUCCGCUGUGUAUCGCGACCAAAUGUCUUCAUCGCUGACCACCCCUUCCUCUUCUUCAUCCGCCAUAACCCGUCCAUGAGCGUGCUUUUUGCAGGCAGAUAUUGCUGCCCCGUGUGAGCUUAUGCUCCUCGGCUUCAUAUUAACCACUUGAGGAGGGAAUCAUCACUUGAGUGUUCUGCUAAUAAGUGAUUCCAGGAUGCUUCUGCUUUUUACCACUGGUGUUCAACUACUGCAGGAAGUCUUUCACACCAUUAGAGGUGAGUAUUUGUUAAUUAUGGCGCUUUUAUGGAGGUUGAUUUGUGUUUUUAUUACGAAAUCUUUUUUUUUUUAGACUGAUUUUAAGUAACUUAAUUAUUUUUUACAUUAAAUUAUACUGACAAUUUUCAGUGCUUAAAAGGCCUACUGAAACCCACUACUACCGACCAAGCAGUCUGAUAGUUUAUAUAUCAAUGAGGAAAUAUUAACAUUGCAACACAUGCCAAUACGGCCGGUUUAGUUUACUGAAUUGCAAUUUUAAAUUUCCCGCGGUGUUUAUUGUUGAAGACGUCACGGACUGUAAGGAAAAAUUAGCGCUGCACGACUCGCGGCCAAAAGUCGUCUGCUUUAACCGCAUAAUUACACAGUAUUUUGGACAUCUGUGUUGCUGAAUCUUUUGCAAUUUGUUCAAUUAAUAAUGGAGAAGUCAAAGUAGAAAGAUGGAGUUGGGAAGCGUUAGCCUUUGGCCACACAAACACACGGUGAUUCCUUGUUUAAAAUUCUCGUAGGUGAAGCUUUACUAUGGAUCAGAGCGGUCAAGCGAAUAUGGUUCAAGACCACUUGUCAACCGGCAGGUUUCGGUGAGAAAAUUGUGGUAAAAAGUCACCUCUUACCGGAGUUCAGCUGAGCUUGCGCCGUCCAUGCAGCUGCCGUCGACUUCCCUCAGACACUGGCCUCAAGACACCCGUGGAUACACUCCUCCGACUAUCAGGUACUAUUAAACUCACUAAAACACUAGCAACACAAUAGAAAGAUAAGGGAUUUACCAGAAUUAUCCUAGUAAAUGUGUCUAAAAAUAUCUGAAUCCGUCCCAAUGGAAUCGUUUUUUCUUUUUUUAACUUGAUUUUUCUUUCUUUCUAGUCCUUUGCUAUCAAUAUCCUCAAACACAAAUCUUUCAUCCUCGCUCAAAUUAAUGGGGAAAUUGUCGUUUUCUCGGUCCGAAUAGCUCUUACUGCUGGUGGCUCCCAUUAAAAACAAUGUGAAUAUGUGUGGAGCCCUGCAACUCGUGACGUCACGCGCACAUACUUUUGGUAAAGUCAGGGCUUUUCUAUUAGCGAUCUAAAGUUGCGAACUUUAUCGUCGAUGUUCUCUACUAAAUCCUUUCAGCAAAAAUAUGGCAAUAACGAAAAAUGAUCAAGUAUGACACAUAGAAUGGAGCUGCUGUCCCCGUUUGAAUAAGAAAAUCUCAUUUCAGUAGGCCUUUAAAACCCUGGUAAAAAACAUUCAGUGUAUUAAAAUCCAAUGCAGAAAAAAUUGCUGCCUCAAACCUACUUUAGGUAAAUUAAGAUAAAAACACAAAUAUUCUGUAUGAGAACUAGGCAAUGAGGGGUCAAGUUUGAAGUCACGGGUCUUGCAAAGCAGCAGAAAGGCAGUUAACUGGGGUACACGGGCAUAAUACUACAUAAUGAACUUUAAAAUGUUUACAAUGGUUAAAAUCUUAUCAGUCAGUGUGAUCAGCUUUUAUCCUUUUUUGCUGAAUCUGGGGAUUUUGCAAGGUAUAAACAAACGUAACGUGUUGCUUACAGCAAACAAGUUAUGUUUGUGUAUCCCUUUCUUCUGGUGCCUAUGCCUGUUUAUCUUUUGAUUCCUGUGCUAAGUUUUGUCUUAGCUCCCCAUGCUAUCGGCACGCUUGUUUGUAUUUUUGUAUUUUUAAAUGAUUUAUGGGAAUAAAUCAUUGUCUUACCUGCA